CGGGGAGCCUGUCUGCGCGGCGGGGGCGUGAGAGUCCGCCACGGCCCACAAAGGUGAGGUCUUGUUUCCGGGGACGUUUUAGGGAAGAACACUCGUCCCUCCCCCUGCCGGUCAGGUGAGCCCGGCUUCUUCCGCUCCUCGUGGAUUUGGCCGGAGUCGCCUCGUGAGCUGUUGCCGCCGCCGACUCUGAGGUCUCGCCGUGUGGACUCGGGGGUCCGGAGGUCCCAGGCCGCGAGAACGUCACCAUGCCUAAAGCACCAAAGGGAAAAGGUGUAGGACAAGAAAAAAAAGUCAUCCAUCCAUACAGUAGAAAAGCGGCUCAAAUUACGAGAGAGGCCCACAAACAAGAAAAAAAGGAAAAACUGAAGAAUGAAAAGGCGUUACGUCUCAAACUUAUUGGUGAAAAACUGCAGUGGUUUCAAAAUCAUCUUGAUCCCAAAAAAGUAGGAUAUUCAAAGAGAGAUGCUUGUGAAUUAAUUGAAAGGUAUUUAAAUCGGUUCAGCAGUGAGCUGGAGCAGAUUGAGUUACACAACAGCAUCAAGGCCAGGCGGGGCCGGCGGCACUGCGCCCGAGAGGCGGCCAUCAAGCAGACCACGGAGCGAGAGUGGCGGCAGUACAGGGGCUGCGGCCUCGAGAUUCCAGACAUUUUAAAUGCAGGUAAUCUGAAAACUUUUAGGGAAUGGGAUUUUGAUCUGAAGAAAUUGCCAAACAUUAAAAUGAGAAAAAUCUGUGCUAAUGAUGCAGUGCCUAAGAAGUGUAAGAGGAAACCUGUGACAGCUGUAGACAGAGAUUUAGGAGAAUUGGAACUGAAAGAUGAAUCAAGUGACACAGAUGAGGAAAUGACUGCAGUGGCCUAACUGUCUUUACUUGAGUUGAAAAUAAAUAAUUUGAGAACUUCAA